UUGUCUUUAAGACUACUUGCCUACGACUUAUCUUGGAGAAGUUUAGUGCCAAAUUUGCUUGCUAGAAUUAAAUGCACCAAUUUAAGCACAAAAUGGUAUUGGUUACAGACUGUUAUCGGUUAUCCAAAUUAAGCGUACUUGCCAUUUAGUAUUACGGUCUAGUGAUAUUCCUCUUCACUUGUAAGUGAGAGAUCUUAAGUUCGAUUCUUGUCAGAGAUAAAUUUGAACCACAUUAUUGCUAACCCAUUGUGAAGCUAAAAUCAUCCCCUCCCCCUAGUGUAGAUUAUAUCGUUUGUCAAAAAAAUAAAAAUUCGAGUGUACUUUGCCAUUUUAGUUUACUUAAUCAGUUUGUUGACCCUUAUUUGCUAUAGAAAGGAAGGCACAUUUAAUGGGAUCUAAACAGACGAAGAUUUUGGUCCUAGUCUAUUUCCUCCUAUAUAGCUAUGGCAUGCGCCAACCAAUUAACAUCCUAAAUACGAUCAUCCAACUAAUUUAACCGAAAUAAACGCUACAAAAAGAAAUGGUCAAACUACAAAAAUAACCUGCAUCUUGUACUAUAUAUACUCAACUGACGCCGAAAAUUAAUAUCUAAAAAAUAAAAAGAAAGAGAGAAAGAUAGCAAUGGCCAUGCCAAUGUCCUCACCGAGUGCCAACGCCAUGACAAUGAAGGCAUUGACUUUGCGAGCCCUCCUGGGGCCAAUCCUGCUAUGUCUUCUUCUCCCUUACCAUGUUCAUGUCUCUGCUGCCGACCGUGUGCUUCUUGAAGCCAAGAAGGAUCACGAUAAGGUUGGGCCAAAGUUCAAGCCUGGCCCUUGGAAGCAUGCUCAUGCCACAUGCUACGAAGGAGGCUCCGGAACCUUUGGUGGAGCUUGUGGUUACCAUGAUGUUGUUAAGGAAGGUUAUGGCCUCAAAACUGUAGCACUAAGCGAUGCACUGUUCAACAAAGGGCAGUCGUGUGGUGCAUGCUUCGAAAUCAGAUGUGUAGACUCACCCCAAUGGUGCAAGCCCGGGCAGCCAGUUGUGUCAGUUACAGCAACAAACCACUGCCCUCCAAACUACAACCUCCCAAGUGACAAUGGAGGAUGGUGCAAUUCGCCACGUGAGCAUUUCGAUAUAGCCAAGCCCAUCUUCCUCCAGAUUGCUGAGUACAAGGCUGGCAUUGUCCCAGUUGAAUAUCGAAGAGUACCAUGCAAAAAAAUAGGAGGCAUUCGGUUCACAAUAACAGGGAAUCCUUAUUUCAAUGAAGUGAUGGUUUGGAAUGUUGGAGGCUCUGGGGAUGUAACAAGUGUCGAAGUGAAAGGUGACGGCAAGCUUCCAUGGACGCCGUUGAAGCGAAUGUGGGGUCAGAGGUGGACCACCGAUGCUAAGCUUGUUGGGGAAUCAUUGACAUUUAGGGUAGGUGAGAGUGAUGGAAGAACCAUUACUUCAGUGAAUAUUGCCCCUAAGAAUUGGCAGUUUGGUCAGACCUACGAAGGCAAGAACUUCGAUUAGGAGUAGAAUCAUGUUGGAAGCUUCAUUUUGAUGCUUUCGACUAGGAAAUUAACGAACAAGCUCUAAUGUUAUUGUUGAUUGAAUUAGUUUUGCUUGUUAUCUUAUGUGUAUAAGUUGCGAUGAAAUGGUAAAGUAAAGGGGCUGCCUUGUUAGGUGGAUGGAACAUAGAAAUUGUUCUAAAUGUACCAUUAAUUAGGUUAAAUCUUAAUUCGACGAAAAGUAAUUUAGUUGUGA